CCAUGGCACUGUCGCGGGGACUGCCUCAGGAACUGGCCGAGGGCGUGGGCGGGGGCUGGGUGCUGGUGGUGGGUGCGGGCGGGAUCGGCUGCGAGCUCCUCAAGAACCUCGUGCUCACCGGCUUCUCCCACAUCGACCUGAUUGAUCUGGAUACUAUCGAUGUCAGCAACCUCAACAGGCAGUUUUUGUUUCAAAAGAAACAUGUUGGAAGAUCAAAGGCCCAGGUUGCCAAAGAAAGUGUACUGCAGUUUUACCCAAAAGCUAAUAUCAUAGCCUACCAUGACAGCAUCAUGAACCCUGACUAUAAUGUGGAAUUUUUCCGACAAUUUAUAUUGGUUAUGAAUGCUUUAGAUAACAGAGCUACCCGCAACCAUGUUAACAGGAUGUGUCUGGCAGCUGAUGUGCCUCUUAUUGAGAGUGGAACUGCUGGUUACCUUGGGCAAGUAACUACCAUCAAAAAGGGUGUAACUGAGUGUUAUGAAUGUCAUCCCAAACCUACCCAGAGAACUUUUCCUGGCUGUACAAUUCGUAACACACCUUCUGAACCUAUUCAUUGCAUCAUUUGGGCAAAGUAUUUGUUCAACCAAUUGUUUGGGGAAGAAGAUGCUGAUCAAGAAGUGUCCCCUGACAGAGCUGACCCUGAAGCUUCCUGGGAACCAAUGGAAGCUGAAGCCAGAGCCAGAGCAUCUAAUGAAGAUGGUGACAUUAAACGUAUUUCCACUAAGGAAUGGGCUAAAUCAACUGGAUAUGAUCCAGUUAAACUUUUUACCAAGCUUUUUAAAGAUGAUAUCCGGUAUCUGUUGACAAUGGACAAACUGUGGCGGAAAAGGAAACCUCCAGUUCCGUUGGACUGGGCUGAAGUACAAAGUCAAGGAGAAGAAACCAAUACAUCAGAUCAACAAAAUGAACCGCAGUUAGGUCUGAAAGACCAGCAGGUUCUAGAUGUAAAGAGCUAUGCAUGUCUUUUUUCCAAGAGCAUUGAGACUUUGAGAGUUAAUUUAGCAGAAAAAGGGGAUGGAGCUGAGCUCAUAUGGGACAAGGAUGACCCAUCUGCAAUGGACUUUGUCACCUCUGCUGCGAACCUCAGGAUGCAUAUUUUCAGUAUGAAUAUGAAAAGCAGAUUUGAUAUAAAAUCAAUGGCAGGCAACAUUAUUCCUGCUAUCGCUACCACUAAUGCAGUGAUUGCUGGGUUAAUAGUACUGGAAGGAUUGAAGAUUUUAUCAGGAAAAAUAGACCAGUGUAGAACAAUUUUUUUGAAUAAACAACCAAACCCAAGAAAGAAGCUUCUUGUGCCUUGUGCACUGGAUCGUCCUAACCCUAAUUGUUACGUAUGUGCCAGCAAGCCAGAGGUGACUGUUCGGCUAAACGUCCACAAAGUGACUGUUCUCACAUUACAGGAUAAGAUAGUGAAAGAAAAAUUUGCUAUGGUAGCACCUGAUGUCCAAAUUGAAGAUGGGAAAGGAACAAUCCUAAUAUCUUCAGAAGAAGGAGAGACAGAAGCCAAUAAUCACAAAAAGCUGUCAGAAUUUGGAAUUAGAAAUGGGAGCCGGCUUCAAGCAGACGACUUCCUUCAGGACUACACUUUAUUUAUCAACAUCCUUCAUAGUGAGGACCUAGGGAAGGAUGUUGAAUUUGAAGUUGUUGGUGACGCCCCAGAAAAAGUGGGGCCCAAACAAGCUGAAGAUGUCGCCAAGAGCAUGACCAAUGGCAGCGACGAUGGAGCACAGCCUUCCACAUCCGCUGCACAAGAGCAAGAUGAUGUGCUCAUAGUUGAUUCAGAUGAAGAAGGUCCUUCAAAUAAUGCUGACAUCAGUGAAGAAGAGAGAAGUCGCAAGAGGAAAUUAGAUGAAAAGGAGAAUAUCAGUGCAAAGAGGUCCCGCACAGAACAGACAGAAGAGCUCGAUGAUGUUAUAGCAUUAGAUUGAACAGAAAUGCCUCUAAACAGAACCCUCUUACUGCAGUAGGUCAUCUGGGCAGAACCAGGUUAUUUGUUAUGUCCUUUGUUCCAAAGGGAAAAAUUGACACCAGUGACUUGAAGAUGAUUCUUCUCCCUUUGAAAGCAUUCAUUUUGCUAGAACAAUUAGAAACAUUGCGGUAUGCUGUAUUGAAAGUAGGAAUAUAGUUUUAAAGCCCUUUGAACAAAGUGUGUGCAUAACCAGUCAUCAGAUGAAACAACACAAUGCAUGUUGCCUUUUUAAUGUAAAUACCCUUAGGUAUCAUUUUACAGUUUUAA